CAAAAGUGCAUCAAGCAAAUUAUUGUACGUAAUUAUUUAUGCAAUAAAAAGUUAUCUUUAAAAUAAUUUCUGGUGAAAUUGUGCAACAAGAAAAAGGAAGAGGUGUUUGCACAAAAUAAGGCAAUAAAAGAUAUUUUUCGUGUCAUAAAAAUAUUUCUGAAAAAGGGUUCCAACUGUUACUGCAGAAAACACCGAAGCAAGCACAACUGAAUUGUUAAGAAAUGCCUUUUGUAUUGAAUGCAAGCUUCUUGUGCUCAAAGUGAAAGUUGAACCUUUAAAAGUAAAUUCUGUGGGAGAUUGAAGAUAAAGAAGCAAGUUGAAAAAAAUAUUGUGACAUCAUUCGAUAAAAUCUCGCCGAAAGUUACAAAAAUAAAAGUCGUACUAACAAAAAAAAAUUAAACUCUUUCCCCGUACUAACAUUUCAUUGACUGUCAAUUGAUUGAAAAUCUCUGAAGUAGAAAAAAAAAAAGAUCUUUAAAAUGUCUAACGUGGCCAUGUCAUCAAAAUUCAUAAUUGAUAGUAUGUUGCCCAAAUAUGCCCACCAGUUUCAACCAUUUAUCAAUUCCCAUCUCAAUAAUCAAACAUCAAAUACGAAUUCGAAUUCAACAGUGUCACAAACCCCUAAUUCUGAAGGUAGUCCGUUAACUGGUAGUGAAGAAGGUAGCCCAAAUUCACCACCGACUAGUAAAAUGUAUCCAUUUGUAUCAAAUCAUCCAUCGGCGCACACGAGCUAUCCAUCGAUGCCAGGAUUUUCCGGUUUAGACGAUAAAUCAUGCGGUCGUUAUUCAGAAAGCGUCAUGAAUAGUUAUCCGUCGAUGGGCAGUGCCUCGAGCAUUGCUCAAUUUUAUCAUCAAGCAGCAGCCGUUUCCGCAGCCGGUGGUGUUGGAAUGGACACAUUAGGCAGUGCAUGCUCACAACUUUCAUCGGGUGCCCUGUCAUCAGUUGGCUCCGGUCAAGCUCUUUCAGAAAUCACACGACAUCCAUGGCUCGUUCCCACUGAUUGGAUGAGCAACCCCUUUGAUCGUGUCGUCUGUGGAGAUUUUUCAGGUCCAAAUGGUUGCCCAAGAAGACGUGGUCGUCAAACCUACACUCGUUUUCAAACGUUGGAGUUAGAGAAAGAGUUUCACUUCAACCAUUACUUGACACGUCGAAGACGUAUUGAAAUUGCACAUGCUCUUUGUCUUACCGAACGACAAAUCAAGAUUUGGUUCCAAAAUCGUCGCAUGAAGUUAAAGAAGGAAUUGCGUGCAGUUAAAGAGAUCAAUGAACAGGCGAGGCGUGAACGCGAAGAACAAGAGAAAAUGAAGCAAGACUCAAUAAAAUCAUCCCAACAACAACAGCAACAGCAUCAUAAGACACAACAGCAACAACAGCAAGAUCAUGCUGCCAUACUGUCAUCGCAGAAUUCUCAUGGCCAUGGACCACAUAGUGGACAUGUUGGAAAUCAUAACGUUGGCGGAUUAGUUGGCAACCAUUUGCAUCAUCCGUCAUUAGUACAAAAUGAUUUGAAAUUAGGAUUAGGUGGAAUGGGCGGUGGUCUAGGAUCGAUGAGCAUGAUGGGACAAUUGGAUAACAAGAAUCAAGAUCUUUUAAAGGCAGUCAGCAAAGUCAGCUCAUAAAUUAUCAAAUGAUUCCGUCAAAUAAAUAACAAAAAAAAAUCAUUGCAAGUGCAAGUGACAAAAAAAAAAUCAUUGCAAUAAAAGUAUUAAGCGCUGAAUCUCAAAAGAAACAACUUCAUGAUGAAAAAUGAAACUGCACGCAAUGACUUAUCAUAAGAAAAUCUUUUUCAUUUCUCUAGUAAACGUAAAAAAAAGAAAUAAUAGCCAUUUAUGUUGCUCUGAGUGAUUUCCCAGAAGCAAUUAAUGAUUUGAGUGCACAGACUUUUAACAAAAAAUUAUAACUUAAAAGUCAAUGCAGGAAGAAAAAGUCUACAAUGAUGGAUUAAGAAUGCCGUUAAAAAUAUGAAUAACAAAAAAAAGAAAGUAAAUUCACUGAUGAUAUGCGAAUACGUACUAGAGUUAAGCAAGCUAAUAAUUCUCUUUUGGAAACUGUUCAAACUUAGAUGACGAUUUAAUGAAAAAGAAAAAAAUAAUUAAGAAAAUUGGUUCAAAGUUAUGUGAGGAAUCUAAAAAAAAAGGUCAAAACUUAUUAAAAAAAAUAAUUCAAUGAUUAAAUGGAUAUUCUGAAAAUUUAUUUUAGUUGUCGUACUGAUCUUUGGUGACAUUUGAUCGAAAAUCUGAGAAAUACUUUUAGUAAAAAAGCUUGCAAGAAAGAUAUUUUCGAGAAGACGGUAGCUUUAUGUUUACACAGCUUAUGUUUAAUUAAUAAUUUUAUGCAGCUUCCCCUACCCAGUGUCAAUUUAAUUUCUUAAGCCAUAAGUUUAUGUUAAGUUUUCAUUAGCUUUUCGUUUUAUAAAUAUUCUUCUCAAAUUGUUUUUAUUGUUCACUGAGUGCAAUCACGAGAAGUGAAUUGAAGUGAAUUUUCUUCAAUCCUAGAAAAAUUCUUUACUUCAUGUACUCAGUAAAUUAGCGGAAAAAGAGUUUACUUAAAUUAUACUUUCUAAAUUUAUCUUGUGAUUUCUGAAAUGUUUCGGAUAUGAAUUUAUUUUAGUUAAUGUUUCAUCCUUCUUUCUUCUCGUAUCUACUUUAGUUUAAUAUUAUUUACUGUAAAGUUCUUUUUUUUUAUUGGCAAACAAAUUAAUUUUAAUAAAAGAAAAAUCUUUUUAAAACUAUUUGUAAGUAAAUAUUUAUGUUUUCUUGCUUUAAUGAGCUAUGAAUGGUUGUGCAAAUGUAUGAUGUGCCAAGAAUGAGAAAUUUUCUAGGGAUUGAGUGAAUGAAAGGUAUGAGAAAAUAUUAUUUCGUUGUUAUUCAUGAUUUAGCAGUCAACAAUUCUUACCCUUUUUGAAAAUAUCCAAAUCUUGUCAGUUAUUUAUUUAUAAAAUAUAUAAAAGUUUCUCGAACCGAAACUCAGAUGUAUCCGUCUUAAUUAGAAGAACAUAAAUAUUAAAUAACUUUCAUGGAGAAAAACUUCGUUGAUGACUACUUUGUAUCAUAUUUUUCUAUUCAUAUAUUAUGGUCUUAUUAACUAGAGCUACACCUUAAUACAGUAAUAGAUUUGUAAGUGUAUCAUGUA